CAAUGUAAAUUAGUCUAACUAACGGAACAUUUAUCCUCCGUUUUACCGGCGAUGUUUGUCGCCUUAUGUAGGGACAGUGGGGGGGUCACUAUGAAUCUGGGGGGGUCAUAUCCCCCCCGUCCCUAGUGCCAUCUGCGCGCAUGCAUGUUGGUGACCUUUCACCCUCCCUGCUGUUUGUUUAAGUUUUUGGUUUUUCUCCUCCAGAAUGGGAAACACGACGAGGCGUGGAUGAUUCUGAAGCAGGUCCAUGACACCAACAUGAGGGCGAAGGGCUACCCAGAGAGGGUCUUCUCUGUGACUACUAUCAAAACCGUGUAGCAAAUGGAUGAACUGGUGGACCUGGGCGACUGUGGCGUCUGGCAUCAGAAAUGGAGAAUAAAGCUCUCUACACUUUUCCAUCAGGUGUGGAGUAAUUUCCUGACUACUUUCUCCCCUGAGUACCGCCGCACCACCUACAUGAUGAUGGCCGUGUGGUUCUCUGUCCUUCAGGUGGCCUAUCUGAUGACAAUGAAUCUGUGGAUGAAGAGGAAAAUGAAGUUGAUGAUGAUGCAUCAGAGGAAGAUGUUCCCCACUUACCCCGGUGGAGAACACCCCACAGUGCCAACAUCACUGAUUACCCAGAAUGUCAUUCUUCCUGAUUAGUACAUGUCUCACUAUUGGUCUUUAUUUUAGGCAGAGACGGUUUCUUUGUAAAUAAUUCUGCAAUGACCACUGUCCACACUCUGCCAAUCACCUCCCAGGCUUGACUAUACGCCAACAUGCCAAUUUUAGCUCUUAGUCUAGUUGUGGUUCCUUGGGCCAUCAGAACUGCUGGUCGCGUCAUUUCCCCCAGUUCACCCAGUGGUAACCCAGAACCAGUGCUACUUGAGUCACCUGUAGAGGUAGACCUAGCACCACUGGCAGAGACAAAUUUAAAUGAAGCAGAGGAAGAGCAGAAUAGCACCUCUUCAGGCAUUCGCUUUUUUAUUCACGGGAGUCAUUCUGGCGGUGAGAGAGUUCAGCCUUCUCCUGUCUCAAACCCAGUAGUUGACCGAGAGACAUCACAGCCUGCUGGCAGAGAGUCAGAUGGAAUUUUGGCAUCUGUUAAUUCCAGGACCAGAGCACAAAUUUUAGCAGGAAUCGCCACGCUCAGAGAAAUGGGGUUCGCUAACAUUGUGUUGUCCACGGCUCAAGAAAUAACGGCUACUUUCUUCACCCAGGAUGGGGCAAAUUUUAAAACUUUUUUCACUUAUAUCUGAGAAACAAUUACUGCUGUUCUUCCCGGAAUCAAAGUAAGAACCACAGUGAAUAUUUCCCCACUAAGAGUUGACAUUAGGAUAUUCCAUGUUGAGCCUUCUCCUCUCCCAAACUCAGUAGUUGUUCCAGAGACAUCACAGCCUGCUGGCACAGAGGUAGAUGGAAUAUUGGCAACUGCUUAUGAGUCACCUGUAGAGGUAGACCUAGCACCACUGGCAGAGACAAAUUUAAAUGAAGCAGAGGAAGAGCAGAAUAGCACCUCUUCAGGCAUUCGCUCUUUAAUUCACAGGAGUCAUUCUGGCGGUGAGAGAGUUCAGCCUUCUCCUGUCUCAAACCCAGUAGUUGACCGAGAGACAUCACAGCCUGCUGGCACAGAGUCAGAUGGAAUUUUGGCAUCUGUUAAUUCCAGGACCAGAGCACAAAUUUUAGCAGGAAUUGUCGCGCUCAGAGAAAUGGGGUUCGCUAACAUUGUGUUGUCCCUAGCUCGAGAUAUAAUUAUUAUUUCUUUCACGGUGGCUAAAGGAAGAAUCGCUGAUUUUCCUCAAUUGUAGAAGGAGCCAUGGCUGUUUUCAGCCUGGCUAAGGCAAGUUUUUCAACUUUUUUGACUAUGGCCCAAGCAGGUAUUGCUGCUGUUUUUUCUGAAAUAGUCUACUUACCCUUACCUGCUCAGUGUAGAUACACAGACGCGUCACACAUCUAGACCAAUCACGCGGCUUGAACAGAAAAAAUGCCGCCUGAUGCGGCUCCCAAUCAGGAGCCGGCUCCCGUCGUUCACUUCAAAGAGCCGGAUCGUUGGUGAAUGACCCAUCACUACUAGUGAGCACACGAACAGGUGGGAGGGAGAUGUGAGAGAGUGAGAGAACUUGGCGCUACAUAGACAGAAACAUCUAAAAAUAAAAUUCAAAU